AUGGCAACUGGAAAGGCAGAUAAUGAGCAGCUCAAGGGCUCCAAGCUCUUCGACGUCUCCCAUGUCACUGCCAUUGUGACAGGUGGAGGAACUGGUAUUGGUCUCAUGAUCACGCAAGCUCUUGUUGCGAAUGGCGCAAAGGUUUACAUCACUGGGCGAAGGGAGGAGGCGCUUGAAAAGGUGGUCGAACUUUACAAUACUGGGCCGGGCAAGAUAAUUGCGCUUCCCGGGGAUGUCAGUGACAAGGCUGACGUUAAGCGCCUCGCCGACGAGAUGGCCAGCAAGGAGCCCAAAGGCAUUCAACUCCUUGUUAACAACGCGGGUGUCGCACAGGACGAAAAUACCAAAUUCUCCUCCGCCGGCCAGCCCGACAUGAAAGACCCUGUAGCCAUCUCCGAACACUUCUGGAAGACCGAACCCGAGCAGUGGACCGAGACUUUCAAGGUCAACGUGACGGGCGCCUACUGGAUGUCGAUGGCGUUCUUACCACUACUUGCAAAAGGACGGGAUUCUACACCUGGCUACACCUCCAGCGUCGUGAACGUCUCAUCCAUUUCAGGGCAGAUGAAAGGUUCGAGCAUGGGCCAAUUCGCCUACGCUUCCUCCAAGGCCGCUGUAACGCACCUCUCACGCAUGCUGGCCUCGACCUUCGCGCAGACAAAGGUUCGCGUCAAUGUCAUUGCCCCUGGCAUUUUCCCGAGUGAGAUGACGGCAGGUGACUCUGGGGAGGACAACAAGUCAACGCUCGACAUGGAGCCAUCGAACCCGGCUGGCAGGCCCGGACAUGAUGCGGAUAUGGCGGCGUCGAUACUGUUCCUUGCUGGCCCAGGUGGUCUGUUCUACAAUGAGCAAAUCUUGUAUCCCGAUGGAGGGGCAACACUCGUGCAGCCAGCGGCGAAGUGA